AUUCCACCAAUGAGAAGAUCUGAUUUGAGACGGGAGGGAGAGGUGCGCCCUUCAGUGUAUUCAACAGCGAUGGAAGUUUUUUAUUUAUUUUUAAGUUCCGUAUAAACAUAACCGGUUCGGUUUAAUCGCGUUCGUUCGUUUUUACUUUGUCUCGUGUUUUUUUACCAUGAUUUGGUUCGGUAGAGUUGCCAAACUCCACUACGGAGUUCUCCGCUGCUCGCUCUCCUCUGCCUCUGGAAAAAGUUCCAGCGCGAUUCAAGUUCCCUACUUGUCCAGACAGUGGUGUAGAUACGGGGCACCAGGACCAGUUCACUACUACAACACCCUACCACCUGCCACAGAUAUAUCUGUACAGUAUAAGUAUGGACGACCAGUGUUGUCUCUCCCCCUGCCCUCCCGCAGUGAGUUGUGUCAGUUCAGUCUGCGUCCCAUGUUGAUGACAGUAACAGACUUCCUGUCAGACAUACAGAGAGAGGACCCUGGAGUAGCCAUCGCAGCUGUACUGAGCACAGAUGGAGAGAGGGUUUGCUCUAGCACCUCUAUAGACACAGUUCUCAAUCAGGACUUCCAGAUCCUCAUCAACAGCACCAUCUACAGGAUACAUUCCCCGGGCAGAGAGUCUCCAGAACAUUCCACCAGUAUAGAUGACAUGAAGACAGUAGUCCACAUGCUCCAUUCAGCUCUCAACCUGCCAGAACACCAGCUACUGAGACAGAUUCAGCUUCUCCGCAGACUGGAUACACUGAAGCAGGAGCUGGGACCUUUGGAGGAGGUGCGGGCCCAAGUGGCUGGGAGGGCGGAGUCUCAGUCGAUGUGUAUAGAGUGGGCGGUGCUUGCCUUUCUCUCUCUACAGGGAAGCUUUCUGGGAUACCUGACUUGGUUUGUGUUUGCCUGGGACGUGAUGGAACCAGUCACCUACUUCAUCACCUACGCUACCAGCAUGGGCUUCCUGGGCUACUACAUACUCACUAAACAGGAGUUGCUCUAUCCGGAUGCUAAGGACCGUCAGUUUCUUCACUUCUUCCACAAGAGAGCAGCAAUGGAACAGUUUGACACACACAGAUACAACGCACUACGAGACCAACUGGCUAUGGUGGAGAGUGAUCUGAAACGCCUGAGGAAACCUAUUCAACUACAGCUACCAGUGGACCCCAUUCAGCCCAGCAACUAAACACCACACACACUAUACACUAUAAAAGGAGCAAUAUUGUAGCACCUUCAUUUGUUCCGCGUAACACCAGCUCUACAUUACAUCUCAUGUGGACUCAGAGAAAUAUGUCAUACGCCUGCGUUCAAAGAAUAUCAUUUCAGAGAUUUACUAUAUGAAAUAAAUUCAUCAUUUUUAUCUGUG